CUUCUCAUCACAACUCUGCAUGUUCAAAAUUUUCUUCCUUUGAAGUCGAAAAUGGCGUUCCCAAUCCUCCGGAGGGUAUUUUCCUCCAAAUCCUCUCGCUUCCUUCGCUCCUUUACUGCUUUCAAAUCGUCUCUCGCACAGCCUUCACACGAUAACGAUUUUACAAAUCCAAUCAUGCCUUCGUUCGACUACACGCCGCCUCCGUACACCGGACCGUCCGCCGACGAGAUUUUGCAGAAACGCCGGCGCUUCCUCAAUCCUGCUGUCUUCCAUCUCUUCACAGAACCGUUGUGUUUGGUAGAGGGUAAGAUGCAGUAUCUGUUCGACGAGAAAGGAAGGAGGUAUGUGGAUGCGUUCGGGGGAAUUGCGACAGUCAGUUGCGGUCACUGCCAUCCGCGCGUGGUGGAGGCGAUCGUCGAUCAGACCAAGCGCUUCCAGCAUUCCACCGUUCUCUACUUGAACUCCGCCAUAGCUGAAUUCGCCGAAGCUCUUGCCUCCAAAUUCCCCGGCGACCUCAAGGUAGUGUUCUUCACGAACAGCGGGACGGAGGCAACAGAGUUGAGUUUGCUGAUGGCGAGAUUGUACAGUGGCUGUGAAGAUGUUAUUUCAGUAAGAAACGGCUAUCACGGUAAUGCGCUCGCCUCAAUGGCCGUCACUGCUCAAAGUAGCUACAAAUUUAAUGUUCUUCAGAGUGGAGUUCACCACGCUCAAAAUCCAGACCAGUACAGAGGUGUGUUCGGAUCAGACGGAGCCAAAUAUGCCAAGGAUGUUGAAGAUAUAAUUACUUACGCCACAUGCGGCCGUGUCGCUGCCUUCAUUGCCGAAUCCAUACAGGGAGUUGGCGGGAUUAUGGAGUUGGCACCGGGUUACCUUCCGGCAGUAUACGAUGCUGUUAGAAAAGCAGGUGGACUUUGCAUAGCCGAUGAGGUCCAAACAGGCUUUGCCCGUACAGGGAACCACUUUUGGGGAUUCCAGGCUCAUGGUGUCGUCCCCGAUAUUGUAACCAUGGCUAAGGGUAUUGGGAACGGAGUGCCACUCGGAGCAGUAAUCACAACUCGGGAAGUGGCGAAGGUGUUAGCUGAACGAAACUAUUUCAAUACAUUCGGGGGAAAUCCUGUUUGUGCUGCUGCAGGACUUGCAGUUCUUCAAGUCAUCGAGGAAGAAAACCUUCAACAAAACGCCCUUGUUGUUGGAUCAUACUUAAAACGACGUCUUCUUUCGCUCAAACACAAAUACCACCUGAUUGGGGACGUCCGAGGGAGGGGCCUAAUGCUGGGGGUUGAACUCGUAGCAGAUGGUGAUUCUAAAACCCCUGCCACCACCCAUGCUCUUCGUCUGAUCAACCAAAUGAAAGAGAUGGGCGUGUUGAUAGGAAAAGGCGGAUUUUAUGGCAACGUAUUAAGAAUCACUCCGCCCCUUUGCUUCACAAAGGAGGAUGCUGAUUUUCUUGUUGAUGCCAUGGACAUUGCGUUGUCAAGGAGGAUGUAGUAAUCAAUAUCCAAGCAAAGUAUACUAGAAUAAUGUGUGUGGCUAUUCAAUAUAUAUAUGGUACAACUUCUUCGACUUUGUAUUUUAAAUUUUAUUAACUUAUAAACACCGUCGAACGAAUCGAAUACUAUUAUUACUAU